AUGAGUUUAUAUAGUUUCUUUCAUCUUUCAAAAUCAGAAGUCAAUUUAGGCGAUAGUGGUAGUCGUGGUGGUAGUGAUGACACCGCCACGUGUAACACGAGUGAUGUGCCGGCGGGUGAUCUGGACCACUGUGUGCUGUUCGCCUUCAUCAAGAUGCGGAUAGCGAGGAAUGCUGGCAGGAUAGAGGACUGCAUCAAGAUCAUUGAGAAGGUGCUGGAUGAACAUGGAAAGAAAGAGUGGAUGAAGGAACUGAACCAGAUUCUGAAGCACGAUAUAAGCUGGUGCAAAAUGGCCCAGAUGAAGUUCGCCUCGGCCGGAAAGAUGCUGAUGGAGCUGCAUGAGUUGAGCCGGUGGAGCAAACUGAAGAAUUUCUACCCCGCUCUGCUGACCCAAGGGGUGCGCAUGAACAACGACAGUCCCAACAGUGAGCUGGCUGACUUCUUGAAGAAGGUCAAUGAACUGAAAAAAGCUAAAGUCAAUUCUGGAAACCAACAAGAAAUGUUCUGCCAAUCUCGGGCGUGUCUGAUCCUCGAAACAUUACAAUUACAGAGCAAAGCGAAAACCAAAAAUGACAGAUACAUAUCUGAUAAAGACCUCGUCCAUAAAGUGUGUGAAAUACUUCUUUACGAAUGCACAUUCCACUGGGGAUUUUUCCCGCGUGCUUUUACCCAGGAAAACCUUCAGAAAAAAGUGAUGCCAUGUUUGAAAUCAAUGGAAGGCGAUCGAGACUUUGACUCUUUGUCUCAAUUUUUGCAAGGUUCAGUUCACCGAUACCUGAACAAUUUUGAUGAUGCAGAAAAAGCGUUACUAGUUGCAAAAGAAGCGAAGCUAUGUCACAAAAGAUUGAAAUUGGUACAAGCGUAUGCGUGUAUUGAACUAGCAUAUGUUUUUAUUCAAAAAGUAGAGAGUAAAGACCCGAGAGCGAAUGAAGAGAACAAAAUAGUUGAAGGGGAGGAGAUUUCGGGGUACCUCUCGGAUGCAAAGAAAAUGAGAGGAAAUUAUGACAUGGAUCAACGAAUACAGUUUCUGGUGCACAACUUCACAAAGACGGGAGAUGAACUAUGGACAAGUUCAAAGAACAAAAACUCACUAGCAGUUCCAAAACACGCUGUUUAA